AUGUUUUCCGGAUCCCCUCGCAGAGUUUUGAAUGGACUGAAUCGGAGAUAUAUCUACGGUCGCCUGCCUUUACUUCACACUAUCAUUUUCCUUAUCGAGAUGGCGGCGGCUACGCGGUUGGCGGCAAAGUUCAACUCCUACUAUGCGGAGAAGCCGGUUCUCACGACCAUGGUCACCAACGCGAUCCUUGGUGGAGUUGCGGACACCGUUGCACAGUUGAUCACUGCCUUUAGGUCUCGAACGGGAAGAACCGAUGAUUUAAUGUCGAUCGAGUUCCAAGACCUUCACAAGGAGAAGCCGCCGGCUCUGGGAGAACUGGGGCAUGCGAAGCACAUGCCCCCUUCCUUUGACUUCGAGCGUCUUACACGGUUCAUGGCGUACGGUUUCUUCAUGGCUCCGAUCCAGUUCAAGUGGUUCGGCUUCCUAUCGAGGACGUUUCCGCUCGCCAAAAAGAACCCAACCUUUUCUGCACUGAAACGGGUUGCUUUCGACCAGCUCAUGUUCGCUCCUUUCGGCUUGGUGUGCUUUUUCACGUUCAUGACGGUCGCCGAGGGUGGUGGAAGACGUGCCUUGACUCGCAAACUUCAGGACGUCUACUUGCCGACGCUCAAAGCCAACUUCGUCCUCUGGCCCGCGGUCCAGAUUCUCAACUUCAGAGUGGUUCCCAUCCAAUUCCAAAUCCCAUUCGUUUCCUCAGUCGGUAUUGCCUGGACUGCAUACCUUUCUCUUACAAAUUCUGCCGAGGACGAGUCAAUGUAG